AUGGCCAAACCAGUGAUUGUUAUCGUGCCCGGCGCCUGGCACCGGCCUCAGCAUUUCAAGCAUCUCAUUGAACGACUGAACAAAGUCGGCUAUGAAGCUGUGGGUGUGACGCUUCCAUCUGUCGACUCCAGUCCACCACAUAAGACAUGGGAGCAAGAUGCGCAAGCAGUUCGCCAAGUGAUCCUGGAACACCUUGAUGCCGGCAAAGAUAUCAUUGCCCUCGCUCACUCCUUCGGCGGGAUUCCUAUGUCUGAGGCUGUCAAAGGACUAGGAAAAGAGGCCCGAAACAAUCAAGGGUUAAAGUCCGGCGUUGUGCGACUGGUCUAUAUGUGUGCGAUGGCGAUUCCAGCAGGGCAGAAUUACGCCGCGCAGAUCGUGCCAGUCACCCCCGAAGAAGAGGAAAUUGAGCGACGCCGCCAGGAAUUAAUUGAAAAUCAAAGAGCUAUGAGGUUCACGGAGGAGGGAGCAAUGCUGCUGGACAAAGUGGGCAUCCGUGAUAUCUUCUACAAUCGGUGUGAUCCUGGAGACGUGGAUGAGGCAGUCGAACUGCUUGGUUCAUUCCCUACGGGCCCUCUGGCGGUUCCUGCCACGUACUCGGCCUUUUGUGAUAUUCCAAGCACUUAUAUCGUGACACGAAACGAUCUCGCUUUGCCGGCAUCUUUCCAAGAAAGAAUGAUUGCCCAAGCAGAGGGUGCUUUUACUGUUGAACGAUGCGAUGAGGGACAUUCGCCAUUCCUAAGCAACCCAGACUUGAUGGUUCAUUACAUUCGCCGGGCAGCUGGAGAAAUUGUAUAG